AUGGCAUCCACUGCUGUUGCUAGUAACAGUGCUCAGAGACUGCCUUUGGCUGCAACAGGACGGCCAAACCAACACUUUGAACUGGGUGUCAAAGGAAGAAAAACCGGAUGGGCUCAAACAAAGCAAGUCCGCAAGGACGCUGAUGGUCUGGAUAACGUCGACGACUUUUUCCAAAGUGAUGAUGAAGACAACAUCAAUGUUGCAUCUAGACCGCCUUCCAAUGUCAAGGACAAUCAAGGCAAUCAACAUCUCGGACAAUAUAACCAAGAUCUCCAAGAACCCGAGAGUCAGGAGUUGGAAGAGGACAGUCGCUUUUUUGAUGAAUCUUUUGCGGAACCCCAAUCUCCUACAUCAGAUAAAAACAGAAACAUUCAUCAAGAACAUUUACAAGUUUCAGUCAGCGAAUCAAGACAGCAUCAGCGACUUGUAAUGGAAUCGCCCAUUACACCGACUGUCAACCAGCACAGUGCAUCUGCUAAUAAGCGGACAGGCCGAUUCCUGCAAUCUGUAGAUUCUUUUGAUACUACUUUAAAUGGACCAUUGGAUGAUGAGGGAGUGGCUCAAUAUGAUACGUCUAUUCAGAAACCACUACCCGUCAAGCAUGUUGUGAUGGCUGAUCAACCACAACAACAAGGUUCUAUAUCACACACUCCGGUUCAAUUUGUAUCUCGACCAAAAAUUGCUCGUACUCCUCAAGGCGUAGUAUACUCAGAGUCGAUGUAUCCUCAAAAUGUAACUCGCAGUGCUCCCAGACAGUCAAUGGAUGGACGUGAAUAUAGGUAUCAAAAUGGUCGACAACUAGUAUCAACUUCACGUAAAUCCAUUACACCACAGCAGCUUGUAAAACCCAGCAUGUCUAUAGGCUCAGCCAAAGCAAUGUCAAGUCGUAGACCACAACAGCACUUUAGGCAAGGUGGUCCUACAUUGGUCAGUAAGCCUAUCAAGUAUGAUCACGACGAGUAUGAUCAAAGUAUGGAGUAUCGGACACGUGGGCGUCUGUCACAUGCUAUGACUGAAACAGCAGCUGGGAGAAUGGUAAGAGUAAACACAAGUAGACAGACCAAUAAUGAUACACGAGGAUAUUUGGAUGAGCAAGAUAUGCUAGAUCCAUACUUGACGCAUAAUCAAGCAGAUUUGGUUGCAAACUCUCGCGCUAUUCGACCACCAGCUCGUCGUCAUAUUCCGCCUGCUGCAGAAUAUUACAAUGAGCAAGACGAAGAUAAUAUAUACUAUACCGAUGAUCCACGAGCAGAAAUUAAUCCACAAACUGGCUCAAGAAGAAUCGGUAUGUCAGCUCACCAAUACACAAAUGUAAAUCAGUUUCAACAACCUUUUGUGCAGAGACGUGCAGUCAUGAUGGAUGAGUCUGAUAUGCAUGAUAACCCUCGUCCAAUGAAGCGACAACGUAGUGCGCAACCACAACAGCAGUUUUCUCCCGACUAUCAUGACGAGUACAAAAAACCUCAUGCUCAUGUAGAGCGUCGUAGAGAAAUUAUGUAUGCAUCUCCUGCACAUAUUCGACAAGGUCAAACUGUUCAACACUUGAUACGUCCACAGCAAAAAGGACGACAAACUAUCUCGUCUGCUCGUACUAGUACCAAAGUAGCCGAGUUUUCGUCAGUAAAGGAUGAAGAUCUACCAUGUGAAUCUCCAUUAAAGAAUUGGUCUGAAAAUGCACAUGACAAGCCAACCUACACCGAAUCCAAUAGCAAUGUAUAUUAUGACGAUAAUAUUCCUGAUACAUAUCCUGAAAGCGAUGGCGAGAAUGAAGCAGAGAAUUUUCAUGAUUCUGCUAUUGUGCGUGAUAAUCCCGUCGUUUCCGGAUCACUAUCCAAGGUUCAAAAGCAACAUAGUACCAAGCAAGCGCAUUCAUCACACUCGUUGAAACCUAGCGAUCGUGAAUAUGAUCAAGUCGAGUAUGCGCAAGCAUCGCAUAGUCCAAUUGAUGUGCAGCGUCGACCACCAACGCAGGGAAAUGGUCGCAAAAAAGGUGCACAGCGACUGAUUAUUCGCGAACUGGAUCCAGAAGAAGAAGAAGAAAAUCAACGAAACAGCUCUGUUGUUCAGCCUGAGCAUGCCGAAGAUAGUGGUGAAGAUGGCCAGGUUGACGUAAAUGAAUCUGACAUGCGUGAACAGCCAUUACCGGAUACAGCAAGGGAUUUGGAAGUGAGUUUACCUCCACGAAAUCCAAGAGGACGACCACCAAAGUCACGGGGUAUUGUCCCGAAACAAAAACAUAUAGCCGUUCAUCAAGAGCUAGACUCACUCGAUCAUCGAACCAAUCAAGGUCAAUUAGUGGUUAAGCAAAGAUCUGUACCUAUUAAAAAAUCCAUUGCUGUAGUUUCUGCAUCAAUAAAACAGGAAGGAGAAGAGGUUGAGAUUGAAACGGAUGGUGCACGACGAAGUCGGCGUACCAAGGUUCAGCCGGUUGCAUACUGGAAAAAUGAGCGUGUCAUAUACGGCCGUCGUGUUUCUGGAUUUGGGGGUGUUCCUACGUCUGUCAAGGAGGUUAUUCGAAUCCCAUCAGAUGAUGAAACUAUUGCGCAUCGACGCAGUAGAGCAGAAAAAAUUAAAAAAGAAGAGACCGAGGCCGUUCCAUCCGAAGUGAGUGUUUUUAACUAUCGUACAGGUCAAGAAGAGUUGCAUAAUAUUGUAGUUACGCCUGGCAUGAUCGUUCCCCGUACUGUCGGUGCAGGAGACUAUCGAUUUCAAAAGGUGUUCAGCGAAGGCGAUUUUUUGGCAUCCGGAGUUUUGGCUUUGCCGCGCGGAGCCAAGAAGCCCAUCAGGGGUUCCGGCGAUUCCGCCAUGAUUUUUCUUUUGCUAUCUGGUCAGGUUCAAGUUAGGGUUAACGAGACUUCGUUUGUGAUUUCACAUGGCUCACAGUUUUUUGUUCCUCGAGGCAAUUUGUACGAGAUUGAAAACAUUGCAAAUAGAGAAGCUCGAUUGUUCUUUUGUCACGGCAAAGAAGUUUUACAAUCGUCGACAUGAUUCUAUCAUUUACCGCGUAUUCACGUAAAGCACCAAGAGUUCAAUACAUAAUAAACAGUUUCAUGG